AUGCCAGAUGUUCCAUUAGCAACAUCAUUACCAACAACAUUUACAUUUCAACCAAAUAAUAAUCAACUUGACGAACAAACAACAUUACAACAACAAUCUAUCGCAUCAUCAUCUCAAUCUCAAUUAAGUUCAUCGAAUCAACAACAACAACAACAGCAACAACAACAACGAUCAUCUUCGAAUGAUGAACCAUUAAAUAAUCAUCAAACACAUACGAAUGAUUAUGAAACACGUUUACGAUGUCCAAAUUGUGAUACAUGGGUAGUUAAUUUAAGUGAUCAUCUACGUAAAACUCAUCGAAUAGCAUCACCAGUCGAUCGAAAACCAUUACUUCGUAUGGCACGUUUAGAAAAACGUCGUAUGACUGAAUCAGCAAAUAAUCCAACGACAACAACUACAACAUCAAAUCGUCAAACAUCAUCAACGGUUAUGGCUAAUGGUUUACCACCAUCACAUACAAAUAGCAAUAAUGAAAUUGAAAAUCUACUUUUUAAACAUGAACAUGAUUCAAAUCAAGCAUUUUCAGUUACAUUACCUGAAAAUAUUUUACUUAAUCAUCAAAUAACAAAUCCUAUUGCUCAUUUUACAUCACCAACAUCUAAUAAACGACAACGUUCUUCAGAUGAUCAUCCAGGACAAACAAUGAAUGGACCAUUAUCACCAAAUAAAAAAUCUCGUUUAGAUAUUCUUGAUGGAACAAAAUUAUCCCAAACAGCACAUUCAUCAUCGGGGAAAUCUACUAAAAAGAAUCGAAAUAAACAACAACAACAACAACAACAACAGCAGCAGCAGCAGCAGCAACAACAAUCACAACCGCAAACUAUUAUUAAAACAUCAGCAUCAGGGAUUUUCCCACAACAAAAUGUUGCCGUACAACAUAUGGACGAGAGUUCGGAUGAUCUUUCCAAAGUAUUACAAAUGAUGGGUAAUGAAAUGAAUUUUCUUAAUCAACAUUUACAAACAACAGCAAUUCUAUUACAAAAACAACUUGAUUUAGCACGUGAUAGUUUACAUGCAUGUUCUGUUCAAUUUGCACAUUUAAAACGAAUGAUUCAACAAUAA